AUGCAUGCUAUCACUGUCACUUUCUGUGCGUUGAGCAUUUUUGUCAUUGCCACAAAUGCUGGCCUGUCAACGGUUCCCAAGGGCCACCCGAAAGGUGAGUGAAUAUGUUAUUUUGAAGACUUUAAUGCGGAUAAAUUCCAGCAGUUUUAUCUGACUGUUCCUCAAGGCCACACAGUAGACAAAACACGAGACCAAAUAAAAAUUUGCUGGGAUAAUUUCGAACAGUCGAAUUUGUCAAUGGUUUACUGGGAUCUGGACAAAAUGUGUUAGUCUUUAGGUUUAAAGGAUAGGACAGUUCCCUCGUCAAUCAUUUCGUUCACGUGUAGGCAUUUUCGUUUUUUUGUGAAGGACUUCUGCUGUUUUCGUCCUGGUCUUUCCGCAGGUUCCAUAGUCGAAUUUCGUCGUGUCUCUCCGCGUCGAUCCCGUCUGUAUUACUAAUCACUCGCCGUGAGCACUAUAACCCUACGCCCCUUUCCAUAUUUCGAGAUUAAAAUGUCGUUAUUUCCUCGUAAUUCAUUUAAAACUGCGGCAUAAUACUCUGUCAGCAAAGAACCCUGGGUGACCAUUAAUUUUCUUCCUAGAAUGGAGAAUCGACAAACCACUCCUUUAUUCAAAUGAACCUCGUUUUUUAUGAACUAUAGGUUUUCUAAUUCCGAAGUAAAGCAUUUAACUUCUCGGGACAAAACAGGUUUCUACACAUUCGCCACGUGCUUUAGGGUUGGCCGCAGCCACCGUCUGCAGGAAGUUGUUUUAAGCCUCAUUGCCGUACAAGAGAUCCGGGACGAACAAAUUCACCAGUAAGCCGAAGCUGCUGGCUGCAGAAUUUGUUUGGCCCAAACUCGAAUUAUCAUUAGCAUUUCGGGCUGGUCAUCAUAAAAAAUCGAGCCGCCGACACUUUCUUAAGCCUGUCCCACUAAUGAUCUACGAAAUCAUUGCCGCAGCAUGCGGCCACUACGGUGGUGAGCAAAGGAGGACUUAUUGCCCAUGGAACCCUGAACAGCCCUCACUGGCUGCAGUGACACCGGCGUGGUCCGGGGUAGUUGCUAACAGUGUUAAGCUUAGUCACGCAGGGGUUGCGCUGGACCAACACGGGAACCAGAUUAGGGUACAGCACGCGUUAUUGGACCGCGCACCCAUAACAAAUGCCGCACAUGGGAGGUGUGGCGGAACGCCUAGGCGCAGACGUACGCCGUGUCGACCACAUGCUCCGGAUUCCGCUUCCGGUCUCAUUGACUCUACAUAAACUCCGAGCUUAGGUGGGUGGGGGGGGGAAGAGCGCGGUAGAUGUAACGCAAGCCUGCUAUCACUAAACAGAUGCACGCGCAAGUCACCGUCCCUGCGCCCACUAUGCCUUAGGAUGUACGGUAGUCAUCAUCGUAACGACGGUCGAAUUAUCGUUAAAGCUAGUCUGAGAGAGGGAGAAGGGGCUUGGAGGGUCCGCUGCCUCUAGAGGUUUACGAGAACGAGACUAAGGGUUUUGUGUCCCCGGUACGGCUGCAUUGCGGCGGGUGGACAUGAAAGACUGACCGUCUGGACAUUUGUGCGUCUGUUAAAUCGACCGAGGCAGUUGCCCCAACUGUACUGCCAGUGCAGCUGGGAGAAUUCACAAUGGAAGAAGAUGGCAUUGAAAAAAGGUGGUUUAAACCGUUGAGGCGGUCGGCUACCAGAAUUCAUAUCUGUAGUUCGAAUGAUGGAAACAGCUUAGAUAGCGUUGGGGAGCUACACCCUUCGUAGCUACAUCAUGCGGCGGCAUGAACAUCGAUUAAGCGCUUGUUUCGGAUCUUAACUUGUACCUAUGGUGAGCUCAUAGUGGGACCACUAUCCAGGCUAACGAGGCUAAGGACAAUCGAGGGCUGCGAUCGAAGUUUAUGAGCCCUGUAUGACUUGGGGUUAAGCAGCAUAACCCCAAGUCUUACAAGGGCAAAAACUUUUGCAUUGAAUGUGGGCCAUGCUGUUCACUUCAUAAGCAGAGUUAAUACAUGGACAGGUACGAUGAUUUCUAGAUGGGGAUUUCGGGGUUGCAAUAGUUCUAUGAAAAGAAACCUUUUUGAAGCCGUACUUCUCUACCACGUGAGCGCAAGGAAGCGUUCUUUUGUGCAUAUGUUCUACAAAUUAGGCCUGGAUUUAUAAGGACGUAUAAAAUCAAUCGGAAAAAUUAAUAAUACUUAAGCAGUCAUUUUUAGAGAGUGUAGUUAAUGCCGGCGACCGGAUAGAAACUUGUCCAAAGCCGGCAUUCUGAUGUGACUGAAAUAUCUUGGGGUUAUGCCGUCCAUUCAACGAGGCCGAAAUUCUCUCAAGAGGUGACAACCGCGUGAGCUGCGAGCUGCUUGAGUCAUGGUUCACUGGCCCCCAGUCCAUUAACAAUGCAACGAGCUUCCCUUUGCAUACUCGGUGCCAAGACUUCGCCUAGGCGGAGUGAUUAGCCACGCGGAGAGAGCGCAGGUGAACACUGAUCCCAACGCCGGGAUCGGUGGGUCAGAUGGUCGAGCGAUCAUCACACCAACAUCCAACACACGUGAUGAGAUUGCAGCAAUUAACGACGCGAAUUUCGGCCAUCAAACAGUCAUCACACCAAGUGCAACGAUCCCUGAUGAAGAGGGAGGGCCGUGAAGUUCAUAGGAAUGCGGUAGCAUGGCGACUGCAACCUAAUAAAUACUGCAGCCCUUGUUCAUAAACCAUCCGUAUCUGCCUUUGUCUCUGAUGAUGGGUUCGUGCAGAAAUCCGAAACGCCAGGCUAAUAAAGCUCUUGUCCCAGAGAUCGUGUCUCCUUAUUCACGACUGUUUCCUGGGACCCGUCUCUUCGUUUCUAUUAGAUUUCUUAUCAUUAACACGUGGGUGGAGGUAAACUGAAGGCGAUGGUCAAAUAACUGGUCCCUUUAUUUCUAAUAUUACUGAUGAGGACCUCAAGUAAUAAUCCCAUAAUGAGAUUAAUCCGAUACUACUGAUCGACGAAUGGGCUGAACUAAAUUUAGAUACUCCACUUACCUAAUGGAAGGCAGAAAUACACUUCCAGGCAUGCUUGCUUAAAGUAUUUGUCGUCUUGACAUUGUCUUUAACUUUUUUUCUAAUCAGAAGAAUUACUUUUUCCGAACAAUCGAACGCCCGAUUGUUUUUGCCCUCCCAUCUCAUCCUGCGAGGCCUGCGUGAGGACGUUGCUUUUUUACUUGAGCUGGUCAUUCAAGAAGAACACAGUUGAGGCUUCCUGGUCCGUGUUAAUUUCAGUUAAACAAACAAGAUCGCCGCGCACGGCGGUUUUGGUUCAAAGACCUAUGCCUGAUUAAUCCAUAUCUGUUCUGUUCGUCUUAGUGAGCAAAACCAAAUCAGUCGAGAAGAAUUUGAUUCGUCGUGUGGUUGAGAGGUAUCGUCGUUUCGGAGUGGUUGGACGACCAGUCAAUGACAGCAGAGUGGUUCUCCAAAUCGAAUACGGCCUUCAGCUGAUCCAAGUAUUGGAUAUAGAUGAGAACAAGCAAAUCUUGAGGACCAACUGCUGGUCUAUGUACGUAAGUGCUCCAACUUCACAGUGAUUUCUUACUACCAAGUCUUUAUUUGUAGGUAUUUUGUGUGUGCACACCAGAUCCUCAGAAAACCAGCUUAGUGUACCAAACGCCUGCUAGGUAAUUGCGAAAGUUGAAGGACAAAAAUCCAGAGGGUAUAAUGACUACAGUUAACUACGACUACUACUACUACUACUACUACUACUACUACUACUACUACUACUACUACUACUACUACUACUACUCCUCUGGGUGUUCAAGUCUCUGGCUAGUAUUUAAUGCUUACUAAGUUAUAAUAUUGCCACAAGGGUCGCAAAGCAUUAUUCGAGGUGGAAAGUGCUCCGACUAACUAACCCUGUUCACAAAACAGGGGAUAUGACAAUAAGCUGCCCUGCUAUGAAACUAGAAGAAAGAGUAGAUGAUAAAACAGACCUGUGAAAAAAAUUUAAAUAAUUCGACUAUCCGUCUCCGUUAGGGUUUUAAUAUCACUGGAGUUUUUCAGGUUUUAUGUGAAUGCGUCAAAUAUACCAAUCGACUUAUUGCUAUAGUCAUUAGAGAAAGGAUAUGCCGCAGAAAAAUGAAAUUACUUCCUACAAGGAGAUUUACUAGGUGAAUGGAAGAAGGAGGCGCCUGCAUGCAACAGGGUUUCCUCGGUGGAACUAAAUAAAAUGUUAGCAGUUAUCGGGUCAGCAUACUAGACUUUCCGAAAUUCAUAAAGUGCUGGUAAUAGACAGAAAGUCGACGAACCUGGUUCCCUCAAUUCUCGCCGGUCAGUGAUGGUAACGAGGCGUACUUGUCAGAAUAAAAUCGCAUUUCGACGGAACAAAGUGUAAUAAAGUCAACCAGUCAGAAGUGUUCAGAAGAUUCGCUCGGCUGAUUAAUAGAGGAUCGGACAGAGAACGAAGUCUGGAGGAGGUUGUUGACAACAUUCAGAGAACAUUAUUUAUAGGCAUCUUCAGGAAAUUAAAAGUUGAAUUAUAAUAAAUAAGAAACGAAUAGAAAAGGGAGCAAGAUGGAAGGAGAUCGGUAAGCACUUUAAGACUGCAUUCUAAAUGGUGAGAAGAGGGUGCUGUUUUGUUUGUUGAGUGCCAUGGCGUGGUUGGAGUCAAAAACUCCCUGAGUGACCAACGUUUUGUCAUAGUUGCUCCACUCUUAAGACCUCAAUUUGGUUCUAGAUGUCCUCCAUAGUGUUCCAUACUGCACACACGAAGAAUAUAUUUUCCAUUUGAAAGCCCUGAUUUUAAAAGAACGACGGACGCUGAAACGUUAAAGAUUCUUCCUCGUCACCUCUUUUAUCACGUCAAAAGUACAUUCGAGGUAUCGUUACCCGAACGCACGUGUAUAGAGGGGGGGACAAAGUGGUACAUAUGAAUAUGUACGCGAUCGGGGGGACAACAGGGAGCCUAUGGGGAGGGGGGACCUCACAUCUGUGUGGAGGCGACACUACUUAGAUGACCGGAUGGAGACUGCAGGUUUCAUUGAUUCCCUACAUACUGAGAUUCGUCAUUCCUCGAGUGCCCUAUCUUCAACCAAGGACUGUCAAAGUCUUGUAUAAGGCUACACCGACCAAUCGUUUAUGCACACUGAAGUGGCUAUCUCUUUCAUUCAUUGCGACUCCUUGCCAUUCCCAAAGUAACUUUAGUGCUUUUCUAUUAAGUCAGUAAUCACAAGGUCUUUCGAGCUUACUUUAUUCCUCUUCUUUUAUCAAAGAGAUGGAACGACUCAUUAUUGCAAUGGGACCCAAGUGAAUACGGCAACGUGACCGAGAUUCGACUCUUUCCCCAAGUAAUUUGGACACCCGACAUUCAAUUGUAUAACUUGUGAGUGAUGACGUAUACAGUAGCAUGGUUUUAGGAAGUUUCAAGCUUAUGUUUGCUUCAAGGGCUAAAAAUUUCAUAUUUAUGUCCGCUUGCCUUAGCGCUGAUGAACGAACUGUGGAACACCGGAUUGCCCGUGUUGUCGUACAGAGUACUGGAGAGACUCUGUGGGUACCACAGGCCCUCUUCAAGAGUGCUUGUCAGGUUGGAAUCACCUUUUUCCCCUUCGAUACACAAGUAGGUACACCCUCCUUCUAAGAGGGCCUAUUUCUGUCUCAGGUCUUUCCCCUUUCUUCAUCAUAUAAGUUACGUGUUUUUCGGUGUCCUUCUCUUUCUAAUUUUUCUCUCGUCUGCCCGUGUUCUUACUUUUAUUAUUGCCGCUACUACUAUUACUACUACUACUACUACUACUACUACUACUACUACUACUACUACUACUGCUGCUACUACAACAACUACUACUUAUACUACUACUACUACUACUACAGCCACGGCAAAAAUCGCCUCGACUGCGAUUUUUCCUAACAAUCAUUGCUUUUAAUUCUCCGGACCGUGUGCCGCUGUACAAUUGUUCGAAGACUAGCUUGUGAACCACAUUUGGCAGUACGUUUUUCAAUUAAGAUGUAACAUUACAGACUGAUUGUCAAAUAUAUAAGUGAAAAGAUAAUUUUUAGGCGCCCUGCGUAUUUUUGACUCCAAACUCCUUACUUUCACUGUCACGGUGGGUUUUUUGUCAUAUCCGGCAAAAAAUGUGUUUUCACUAUUCAGUUAACAGUCCUUAAAGUUUUGUACCACCGGGGCCUACGUUACUUUGAGGAUUCACUUCCCUGCCUCCCCUUCUACUUGAAGUAAUCGCACGGUCAGUGACUGAUCUCAUGAAAUGUUAACCGAAAUUCUGAAAUGCGUUUUCGAUUAGGAAGGAUAACUAAAGUAGAUUUGUAAUAUUGCUUAUCUUGUGACAUAAUCCUGUUGUAUUCCAGGAUGUUGGUCUUUUAGUUCACCUCUUUUUGACCUCCUGUAAAAACCACAGUUGGUAAAAAAUGGGUGCUCAAUUGGCAUGCGUCUCCUCUAUCGAUUUUCGAUGCUCCCGUGAAUUCAAAAAUAUUUAGUAGAAAACAUGCACUAAGCGAUUCUUUCUUGUGCUCAUUUGGUAGCAAAUCACGUCUUCUUCUAAUAUUGUACUCGAAAAAGGGUAUCUUUCGGUUUUAAAAAAGUUUCCAAUUAUGAAAAUUUCUAAAACCGUUCAAUGUUCACUCGAAUAGCAUCGUAUUCGUCUGUUUAAUAAUGCUCCUCACUAAAUAUACAACGUAGUUCACAUCCGCCGAAGCACUUUAUGAACAGCAUAUGGUAUUUUCUUAAUGACAUAAAGGGGGUAUAUGCUUUUCCUCACGCGGAAAAUGUAUAGCUGGUAGACUGAAAAUCCUGAACGAAAAUGCAACGGUAGAUCAAGUUCAAAAUUACUCGGGAAUUGGAAAACGUUUUCAAAAACAAAAGAUAUUUUUUCUUCGAGUAUAAAAUUUAAAGAAGACACGAUUUACUACCAAAUGGGUAAAAGAUAAAGCCACUAUAUGGAGUUUUUAUGUUAAAUAUAUUGAAUUUACAUUGGCGUCGGAAAUCAAUGGAGAAAAUGCACAUUAUUCAAGUGCCUAUUUUUCACCGAAAGCGGUUAUUGCAGGAGGUCAAAAAGAAGUAAAUUCAAAAGCCAGCAUCCUAGUGUGUUUGAAAUACCACGGGAUUAUGUCGCAAGACAGUCAGCCUCACUUAAGUGAUCCUUUCUAGUCGAAAACGUGUAUCGGAAUUUCGGUCAACAUUUCAUGAGAUAGGUCACUGACUGUAGUUUUCUGUGGAAUGAACGCGUAGUGUGUGUAUCCAGGGGUGGGGACGAGCUAGUCUUGUAAAGCUUUCGAGACGGGUUUUUAUUUUGCGUCAGAGCUGCCCUCCCUAUUAUAUAAGAACGAGGAUAUUUCCACCUCACAGACAAGAAGUGCUGUAGAACAAACAAAUUAAAAGUUGCUUUCGAAUCUCCAACGCCCUAGGGGUUCUCUCACGGACCUACAGUAGGUGAGCUAACUCAUGAAAUGCCAGCCGAAAUUUCGAAAUGCGUUUUCAUUUCGAAAAUAUUAAUUAAGUAGGGUUGUAAAACUAAUCAGUUCGCAAUAUAAUUCUAUAAUAAUCCGGCUACCUCGGAGUGCAGGCUUUCGAAUGAACUUCCCCCGACUGCAUGCACGAACUAUACUCUACAAAAAAUGACUACUUAAGUAGCAUGCCUGUUUCCCAUUGAUUUUCGAUGCCCUUAAAGAUUCAAUUAUAUUUCGUGGAAAAUAUGCAUAAAAAUAUUCACUCUUUUGCUCAUUCGGUAGAAAAUGCUGUCUUUUUCCAACUUCCUACUCAAAAGAAGGGUAUAAUUCGGUUUUCAAAAAGUUUCAAAUUGUGCGAUUUCAUAAUACCGUGAAAUGGCCGUUCAUAAAACGUCAUGUCUUUGUAUUUACUAAUGUGGCUCGUAAAAUUAACAAUAUGGCUCAAAUCCACUGCUAAAUUUUAUGAAUCCCACAUGGUCUUCUCUUAAUACCGUAGAGAAAUAUAUGGUUUUUCAUACGCAGAAAAUAUAAGACUUGUAGUUUGGAAACCCUGAAUCCAAGUUUAGCGGCAGGUCGGGUUCAAAAUUAUUCGGGAAUUGGAAAAGCUUCUGAAAACCGAAUCAUACACUUUCUUAGAGUAUAAAAUUGGAAGAAGACGCAAUUUUCUACGGAAGGAGUGAAAGAAUGAAAUGCAUGCAUAAACUUUAAUUGAAUUUUUAAGGACAUCGAAAAUCAAUGGGAAACAUGCAUGCUAAUUAAGUAGUCAUUUUUUGUAGAGUAUAGUUCGUGCAUGCAGUCGGAGAGAAGUUCAUUCGAAAGCCAGCACCCCUAGGUAGCCGGAUUAUUAUAGAAUUAUACUGCGGACUGAUUAGUUUUACAACCCUACUUAAGUAAUCUUUUCGAAAUGAAAACGCAUUUCGAAGUUUCGGCUGACAUUUCAUGAGUUAGCACACCUACUGUACCUCCAAAAUUUUGCCUGCCAGUGUACUUGGAUGUCUUCUUCCGUUUUUCUAGGAUUAAAGAUGGUGGAUCAGGCCUGAGCCGAAUUCCUAGUAGUUGCACUAGACUGCUGCAGAAAAUCUGCGGGCUGUUAAUUAAUGCCCUUGUUCGGCUUCCGGUUAAGGGAAAAUCAGGUUUUGAUCAACACCUGCUCUAGAUUGGGCACGGGAAUAUGGACCUCCUGUGUGACAGGUGGUCUUUCGCUGAAUUCCAAGAGGGGGGAGGGUUAGGGCCAGGUUUAAAGUUAGGACAGAGUUAAAGUAGGACCAGGGUUAAAGGUAGGACACGGAAAUAAGUACCCUUCCCGGCGUUUUACGCAAGGUCACUUGCACUGUCGGGAGGUCCAUAUUCCCUUGCCCGAGUCGGCUAGAAAACUCAAAGCAUUUUAGCAGUUAGGGGACUGUGCAGUGCACUGAGGCCUGCAAAGAUCAUACGGGGUUCUUAAGAAAGUAGGUUACAGGACCAAGUAAUACCUAUGGAAGAUCUGUGCAAGAGUUAGAAACACCAAUGUGAGCAAGCAUUUGCCAAGAAAUACUGCUUUAUGUGGUAAAUGGAUAAAGGCAGGCAAAGAUUUCGCUGACAACAAGAACGUCCUCCGCUGGGUCACAAACAAACACAUUGAAAAGUUUGUGAAUGGUCAUUUGAAAUUCAGGUGUAUUUUAAUGCUGCGCCUUUAGGUUUGCACACUCGAAUUCGGGUCAUGGACCUAUGACGUUUCUCAAAUGGACAUUUCCUGGUGGAAACCGGACAAGAUGACGGCACCAAUGCCGUACGUCGACUUCUCUGACUAUGUGCCCAGCAAUGAGUGGCGUACUUACGGGGAGCUUGAAAGAGACAUUCCUCACGAGAAUCGGACGAAACAGGUAAGGCUAUCCACAGUCGAGUCGUGCUUGAAGGUUAUUCUCCUGUGUGUCUGGAUAUUUAUUUUCGUAAGUAUUUUAAAUAUUUUAUUAGGAUUGAUAGAACACACCAACAAUGUGUGAGUUGAAUAGUCAAUUUGACAAACUCGCCUUUUCGGUAACUCGUUAUCAGGCCAAAACUGUUACAUAGGAAUUGAAAAUAUGCAAAUUUGCGAUUUCUCAGCGCUUUAAAAUUCAUCGAGUAGGCCCUCUUCAGACAUAAGAGCAGUGUUAUAAUAAGUAGUAGUUAUGGGACAUUUAAAUCGGCCAUAAGUCAUUGCUGCAAGUCGGGGACCACUGAGCAUCAAUGCAUACGUGGGUCAGUAGUUAAUACUCCGACUGAGUUUUUGUCAGAGCUCUAGUGUUCUAUCCCUUUACCAUCUACCGUACACUCAGCCAAAGCAAUUAUCUUCACCAUCGUGAAAUCAAAUAAGUGUAGUUGACAGCAGUUUGAUAUAUUUUGUCCGUAUGCCGCACAAACAGUUUGCGAUCAUAGUUCUGUCUGACUUAUAUAAUCAGAGGGGCACCUAGGGCAGGGGAUGCGACAAUAUGCCAGAUUACUCAACUUUUAAUCUUUGGGAGGCAACUGCACACGCUGUUGCAUAAUAACUGUUCGAGCAAUCAAUUCGCCUUUGGCAUCUGCUGCUUCUGCAGCCUACUCGUGUUCCAAGACAUCUUUGACGACGUUCAUUGUCUCGCUUUCAUUUCCUCAGAUAAAGUCACUGAAACGCUAUCGAGAAAGAAAUCAAACGAGUGGCGGUAAGGUGACCCUGAAAAAGUACCCCGUACUCUGCUACCGCAUACGCCUGAUUCGGAACCCCAGCUUCUACGUCUUCAUUCUGGUCAUUCCGUGCAUUCUCCUCUCCUCUCUAACGAUAGUCAUUUUCUGGCUUCCACCCGAGUCUCCAGCCAAGAUGAUGCUCGGUAGGUUCACUGAAAUACAUACACUGCCUCCAUUCUUAUCCUCUACAUCGGAAUGGCCUCCUUUACUUGGUUAUUUCAAUCUGUUCUCUGUAAGCGUCCGCGCAGCGGCUUUUAAACGACUUGGUUGCAGAAACGUGGCCUUUUGUCUGCACUGCCAUAUGGGGUCGACAUUUCGACAGGCUUUGCUGACGGCGUCCACCGUGGGCUUCAGGACAGGGUAGGAGCAGGGACUGUGACUUGGGCGUGGAUUCGGUUACAGUGAUGGCAGACUCGCUCAGAACCUACCGUGUACGCCACUUCUCCCAACAUGGGUUCGAUGCAAUAACCAAGUCCAGAAGACCGGAGGCGAGAUAAGACGGGUGGCUGGCACGACUUAAGCGUACACACAGCGUACACUAACCAGAAUUUUAUACCGUAGAAAAAAAUAGGGGGGCGGGACAGGUCGCUACUGGCGCGGAAUGCACCGCCAACUGGGUCUGCCACCCCACCCUGGUGUUGGGUGUGUAUCCCCGAUAACACCUACCGGACCCUGGUCUAGCUUAUGUGGCGGUUCAGCGCAUAUGCCUCAUGGCCCGUCUUGGGGGCACAUACACAGUACUGACGAUGAGGAGCCAGGAAUUCUGACGUGUCGCGAUAGAUUCCAGCGCCUCAGGUUUAUUAUUGUGAGGAAUGUGCUGAUGUGCCGUGAGUAUGGAUUCCCCCGGUGCCAACCUCCCUCUUCCCUCUAACAGUAAACUGUCCGAGCCUGUCAACCAACUGAUGAUAGGACAGGAUGCAGUUGCUGACAAAACUCAACGGUCCCCCGUACGUGUACCAUGGCUUUCACAAGAAUGGCCCUUUUGGCUAGCAGAUUUGUGAACAAAAAACAGAGCUGGUCUGCCGCAGCUGAUGAACGGAAGUAAAAUCUAGCAAAAGACACAUAGACGUCCUUUUAAGCACGAGUCGAGGAAAAUCAACACAUUUGCAUGCAUAGAGCUGACCAAAGCUCUAAGCAUGAUGGGCUUCGGCACUUUGGGCAGAAGAGCAGAGACCAACAUGCCUUUUCAAAGUGAUAUACCACGGAACAUAUGCAGAAUUUGACGUCGAGAACCAAAUGUGGAGCACUUUUUAAGACAACGGGAAAACUCUUGGCAAUUUUACCGAUGUCGCUGGGCUUCAUGCUACACCUCAGAGCUUAGGACAACUAGCAAGUGGAUCAGGGACAGAAUUCACUGUCGACUGUGGCCUGAGUAAGCCAAAGCAUCCGAAAAUGCAAUUUAAUAUAACUUUAUACGACAUGUCUUAAGCAGCUCAGGGCAGAACGACAGCGAAAAAGAUUGGCAUAUACACGUGAAUACUGUAGCUGACGAAUGCAAGCCUAACAAUUCUGAGAAAAAAACUAUAUAUGAACUUCCCCUAAUCAAUAAGUAUACAGGUUUGGAGAUGUCAAUGUAUCCGACGCGCAACCGUUACUAACAUGUUUUUGGUCGACACUUAUAGUGAACAUGAACCUAUGCGUCACUUAAGAUUAACCACGACUUAGGCACAACCAAGUCCACAGGAAAAGCUGUGUCUUCCUGUCACGUUUGCCAAGUGAGUCCGAGAAGGUCACACGUGUGAAGAAGUAACCUCUUUGAACUCGAAUGAGAUGCAACAUUUGAGCCAAAACCUCAUCAAACUUGUCCGUCGACAGUACCGUUCAGCAAGUUUUUCGGUGUGCGCAGUAAGCGCCCUUUCUGGUUCGGCCACUAUCCUCAUUUCCCAUGGGUGACACGUCGUCAGUUUGGGUAAAACAGGGGCGGGUGAUACGCAUGAGAGGGCAAUUACCAGCCUGCGAUCGACAUCAGCUUUUAGUAAAUUCCCGACAGGCGCUCACGGUGCUUUUCUUCAAAUAACUAGGAAAGCUUGGUACAAAGAGCUCGCAAAAAGCCUUGUCAGGGGAAAAAAUUCAUGAUUCUUGUUGGCAUAAAGAUGGACUCGAGCAAUCUGUAUAAUGGACGCCCGUCAGGCUCUGACUCUGAACAGCCACACCUGCUGGUUGAGUUCUAAAUGAACAUGUUCUUUCAGUCAGUAGGACGAUCCUCAGUCUUAAAACAGCCUUGUCAAGCUUCCCUGUCUAUUACCAAUUACUUACAGAAGAUUUACUAAUUCCAUAGUGUCUUUAUCAUUUCCCCAUGCCACAAAAUUGGAAAUAAGGAACCUACAAUUGACUUAACACAAACGCUUUUGUCGUCGUUAUAUUCAUUCUAACGGUUUAGCAGACCAAAAUCGGUCCGCAUAUGCACAAGCUGGGUUAAAUGUCCACCAUUCUGGGUCGAAAGAAGUCCAAACAGCACAAUAUUAAAGUGAUUUUAGAGCAAAAACGUUGCUUCUGCUGAUGCAGUUCUGAGCUCCCGUCUGUAAACCUUAGAACUCCGUCCACCGGCGCAGCAGCUGUGGACUUUCGGAAUUUAUUGAUUUGGCUAUGUAAACGGAAACUUUAUUUGUCUUUCAGGCAUGAACAUUUUCGUCGCCUUCUUCCUCCUGUUGCUCUUGCUUGCUGAUUUGACGCCAAAUGCCGUGAAGGAGUUUCCGCUAAUUGGUACGUUUAUGAAGUUCUCGUCAAGACGACAUUUUGCACCAGCCAAUCGCAUUAUUAUCCAAGUGGCGUCUACUUCAUUCACUGCCGCUAUUCAGACCACAAGUAAUGAUACUGUGUCGUAGGAUGACGACUUAUUUUCCCAUUAAGGGUCAAAAUACUGAAGAUGACAAAUCUCUACUUAGGGUGACUGUUUAAACCGAGUGAAAUAGGUUCAGUACAGGUAGCCGAUCGGAACAACUUGAAUGUCGAAAAGUGUACUUAUUCUGUCUGGCAGUUCGGACAUCUGCGUUUGCCUGUGGACAAAAAGUAGCCAGUGACUGAAUGCUUGACCUCCUGCCCUCUAUCCAGCCUCACGGCUAGGCGCUGGCGUUGAGGCCGGUAUACCGAAGAGGUCGGUUAGUCAGUUAACCUAUUAGGCAUCCGGGUCUCAGGGCUCCUGCUAAGUGUGACGAUCGGUUAGACCCAUUUUCACAAUGGUAUCACUGUAUAGGAACGACCUGCUUCGAAGUGCACACAGCCCACCAACGACAUCAAACCCAUGCGAGUGUUUGGUGAGCGAAGUACCUCCACUAUAAGGGAAAGGUAAACAGAGCACGCAUUGGGUGUCAGUGUAAGAGUAUUUUUUAAAAUUAAAAUUCAUAAAAGGAAAUCAUGCCGACCGAUUUACACCAGCAGAACUCUCAUGUGGAGCGCCAAAAACCUGGGCUGGAGCAUUACUUAUGGAUAGAGUUUGGGUAAAUGCGUGUGGCACAUAAGUUUCUGGAUGUUUUUAGGAAACAAGUCAAUUUUGCCCUUUGAAAAAGGAUGUUACCAGAGAGUAAGGACCAUCAGUAGAAUUGGAGGGAUCGCCUCUUGCGUUUUCUGCCCGACCUGGGAAUCAUAUCUUUGUCAGGACCAGUAUGAAUGAUGCAGCAGCCGAAGCCCUUGUACACACUCGUUGCUCAUCGUCAUUUUCUCAUUAUGGGAGAUCGAGAACUUAGGUGGCACUUAAAACAGGGUCCUUAAGUAUGUCCAUAUUCAUUCGUCCACACCUAUCCUAGCACAAAUGUGAAUUUUGGAUGGAGUAACAGGAUACUUCGGGCAAGCUUUUAAUCGUAAACUCUUUCUCGUGUCAAUCGUGUUUCACUCCCUCUGAACCCAAUCGCGUUUCUCCCAUUCUGUCUAGGUGCAUACUUCUGCCUGAACAUGAUCAUGAUCACUCUCUCAACCUUCUUGGCUACCUUGGUGAUCCAUCUCUACUACCGUGGUGAUCGGAACGGUCCCCUACCGGCAAUCUUGCACAGAGUAAGUCAGAUCCAAUUUCUAUUACAUGGGUAAUUUCUCAGAAAGUACUAUCUUAAUGUCUCAGUAGGUAUCUCAUGAUUUCAGUUGAUAAAACACUGAAUUUUGUGAAAUAAUAGUGAAGAGUUUUGCCGGACUUGUGCUACUCUGUGCACAACGCCUUGUAUAAAGUGCUAUAUGACAGUUCGGCCAUCGUUAACGAUGCUGACCAGCAUGUGUCCACAGCAUGUCGGGCGCAGAACGGUGAGUUGUGAGCGAAUAAGUUUGUAGUCAUAGCUGAGCGCCUCAAUCCCAAGCUCCCCAAUACGGCAACUCCCACAACGUCUGCGACCACCACCGGCGAACAAACUCCCGAGGUCCCGCAGCACACCACCACCCCCAAUAUAAAUACCACUGGUUGGGGACGCUCACCGAUCGUUCCUACGAACUCACUCGUUCCGUUGUGCUUUACGGGCUCUCCCUCGAGCUCAGCCAGCAGCCACACAGCGGCGCAUGAUAUAGGCAGAAUGGUAUUACCGACAAAGACAAGGGAGACUGGAAUGGCCAUUUCUGACUUAUUAGCCGUCGUCAGCCAGUCAUCCCCAACCCCGAAGUGCGGAACACCUGGGGCGCGAACUCGCGCCCUAUUAGUUAGAAGUCAAACGCCUCUAACCCCUGGGCCACGCCCCCUACCAUUGUAUAUUCCCUAUCGAAACCGACAGGACAACGGGCCCGUGGCCCAGAAUUUGGAGGCGUUGGACUUCUAACUAACAGGAAUGGCUUUUCCAGUCUCCCUUGUCAUUGUCAGUACUACCAUUCUGCCUCUAUCAUGCGCGGCUGUGCGGCUGCUGGUUGAGCUUGAGAGAGAGCCCGUAAGGCACAGCGGAACGAGUGAGUUCCGUAAGAACGAUCGGUGAGCGCCCCCAACCAGUGGUAUUUAUAUUGGGGGUGGUGGUGUGCUGCGGGACCUCGGGAGUUUGUUCGCCGGUGGUGGUCGCAAACGUUGUGGGAGUUGACGUAAUGGGGAGCUUGGGAUUGAGGCAGUUUCUGAGACACAAGGAUGUCUCGCGUUAGCAGUGCAUUGGGUCCUGAGAUGUCCGAGGAGGCCGGCCUGUGCGCGGAAUGUCCGUUGACAUCGUGGACACGAUGACAGGGAUUAAAUGUUGGAAUUGCCGGUCUGCGAGAUUUGUCCCCCUGUCAGUUUCUCUUUUGACUUUGGCAGCGGUAAUCCGGUCGACUCUGUAGAUUUCUUCUCAAGUCUUAAUUACAGUUCCGCCAGACCGGUCGAUGCUGGUCGAGGCCCUCCCAGGUCUCGGGGUUGAUUUACAGGCUCUUGAAAAUACUACUACGCUCAGAAGUUCUGGCGAUUGUGGCCUAACAAAUAGCCUGAACAGUUAGUAGAUCUUAAUCUUCCUAUAUGAAAGCAUAAAGGAUGCAACUUGUAAGGGUUUUUAAACGUGGGAGUUAAUGACAUGUUUAAACGUUCAAAGGUGGAACAUAGUAAGUUUAUUCCAAAGAGCUCUUGAAAAUUGUGUACUUGCACCAGUUGAGUCUUAGGAAAGUGAUUUGAAUUUGUCCAAUUAUUGUUGCCAUUUGGAGCUCCUCUGCAAGAUUCCUGGCCUACAUAUGGCAAGGCACAAAGCAGUGGGCCUUUCCGGUUGUUUGGACUCACCAACAUAUAUGUUUUAGUUUUUGUUUCCAGAAAUCCGCAACUCCACGCCAAAAGACAUCGCGCUACGAAACAUUGCCGUCCGGAGUUCGAAUGCGAAAUGAGCAGAUAUAAUGCUAAUGUUUGUUAGGAGAAAUACUAUUAGCUAUCCAUUAGUUAAAUUAACCUACCUCAAACGCCAAGUACCAGGUGAAUAGAAUGGCGUCUGCACUUUCAAGUAAAAGGAACUUUACCCAAUUCAAUGACGAUAUUCGAUCGUUUACAAACUGCUUUAUCCAGAGUCCGAGGCUUCCUCUUCUACGGCCCUUUUCCGACCUGCUGUUCCCUGGACUGUUAGUCAGAGUAAAAAAACGGUUAUUAAUCAGCAGUGUCAUUUUCAUAGCCCCAGCGGCCAGAGGACAUGCAAAUGAUAACAGGAGAUCAUGGGUAAGCACGAAGAGGAGUUUGUACCAGAGUUAGCAGAAAUCAAUAAUUAAUAAGCACAACAUGGCCAGGUGAUGAGAGAACAUAAGGAAGUCAAGUAAAGAGGAGUGUAGCGGAGAAGGGUGUCAAAAUGCCUUUCGAGAAAAAGAGAAGAGCAGGGAUACAGUGGAGAUAAAAAAGCUUCCUAGCAAAUAAACCAAAGACGUUUGUUAUUUGUUCGAACUUAUGCAUUCAGUAGACAGUUUUCGUACUUAUCCUAUUACGCACUCUUAUUUGUCCACUGUAUGGCUAGGAAGACUCCCUUGUGGAAUCCAGAAACCCUCUGUAUGAAUUUAACUUUUUGAAAUUUAUUUGGUAUCCAGUAGAAAGAUUAUAAGGAGUUUCACCGGUCUUCUGCUGAUUUCAAAAGUAAAUUUAUUUAAUAAGUCACUAGAGAUAAUUCAAAUUACUGUAUUGACAGUGUGAGCCUUCUACCAAUUGGGUCAACUGUUCAUUUUCGAGAAUUUGGAACGCAUCGCAAAACUUGGCUAUUUGUGGGAGAUCAGGGUCGACCAUUCUGCUAUUUAUGCAACCUCCUAUGGGUUCCUCUAGUAGUCAUCCAUGGUCUCCUUAUAAAGCUAACGGUAUUCUCCGACCCAAACAUAAUAUGGUAGUGUUGUAGGGUGCAUGGUAAUCGUACAAUACGACACGUAGACGUCUAGCAGACUUAAAAUAACUCAAAAGUUUUGGCGGAGAAGAAUGCAAUGGAUUUAUUCAAGGCCAUAUUCCCCAUGUUGAGUGCAGGCCGUCCCCACCGUAGCAACAUCGAUCAUUUUUGUCUGUAUUCAGUCCUAGUGGUUGAGGUAGGCAUCGGCAGCCUCUUGGGGCGGCGUAAAUUGCCUCAACUUCAAAGACAUCGGGAAGACAGAUGGCAUAGAGGUGUUUAUUUGCCAAAAGACUGCCACGCCAUAGGAAGUUCAAGGUCCUCCCUGCCGAGUGAGGGGAGAGGGAGAGGGACGGCCUGCCUGCACGUCGAAGGAAAUGGGGCCAGCGGUAGUCGCACCUUGACCUUAUGAAGUCAGUCAUGUGAUCAGGUGGCGUGUGACCACCGACUCUGUGGAACCAUGCUAAAUCUCUCGUUAGUUUUAGCAAGCAUGGAUCUGCAAGAAGUCCUACCAGAGCGAUUUUAAGUGCAUAAGGCAAUAAAGACAGCCUAUGAGAAGUUUCAGUCGGCGCACAACAAUAAUCUUGACCCCUAGCAGAAAGCAGUCCUGCUGGUCGACUGUAUCCUUGCAGGUGCAUUUUUUAGUUGGUCCGGGCCUGACGAGAAGGCGAGAAAGUCAGAAAGUGGUUCUACUCAAUGUAAACAGUGGUAAAAACCGAUUUGUAGGCCUAGGCGGAGGGACUUGACUGUAGUUCUCAUGACGACUGUUCAACCACUGAACUGUAUUAAUAAGUUAUGCUAGUCCUGCUUUGAGGCGAUGAUACCUUACCUUAAGGCCUUGAACUCGGACGCUCAAUAACCGUUCGUUUUGAAUUAUGAUCUGUUCAAGGGAGAGGCAACUAAAAAAGGAGUUGGAGUACUUGGUACAUGCACUUCACAUACGGUAGCUAUGACAAUUAGCAGAGUGACCCCAGACGAGAAGCCCUGUACCAGGUUCUGAUUUGAACACCGAAUAUGAGAAUAGAUGGCAUAUUUACUCCAACUUUAAGGGGAAGGAUAAACCGGUUUGGCUUGAGUGUGAGCGCAUCCUAGUGGAUGCUAACCAGUUUGAAAUUAACCUUAAUUUUUUACAUCAGUGAAUAGUUAAUUUUACCUGCAAUCCAGGGAAGCAUGAAAAAUAUAUCCUACCAAAGCAUAUUUGCCAGGAAACAAGCAAUUCAGCGGGCUUCUGAAGGCGGCAGACGUGUUGGGUAACAUUGCUGAGGCAUAUGGUAACAGCUAAACUCUACUACUUUUAUGUUAAGCCAGAAUGUAAACAGUAGAGGAAGAAGAAAAAGUUCGGCCACAAAGACCACAACACAUCCCUGAGCUCAUAAAAUGAGUCCAGCUAAGCCUGUCUUAAUUCCUAUUAAAUCCAUAAAGAUGGCUGCCAUCAAACUCUGUACGCCAAAGGACGUAGUAAUAAGUCUCGUGCAUUUGAUUAACAUAGGCGAGUCCUGACUUUACUGGAAAAUGAGAGGUGAGCAGUUUACUUUCUCACUUGCGCCAUUUCCUCGUCCACUUGGACCAGCGUCUUCUCAAUGACAGAGGACGAGAAAAAGCACCCAAAUUAGGUCUUAUUGUGCGCAGAGAAUAUCUGUGAAGGAGAAUUAAGUUGACCCUUUUUUACGAACAGGGUGAAAGCCUCAGCUGCAAGAGGCAUACUGAAAUCGAGGAAAAGUGUGUGCCACCCUGACAAAUCAAAAACUUUUCCAUGCAGCAAUAUCGUCUUAAAUUGGAAUCACAUUACAUGCCAGAUGACCCGCAAGAUCGAAGCAGGCUUGGAAGAAGCCGAGAGAAGCGCCUGGUGAUCGAAUAUAAGGUUUUCAAACAUUUUCAAUAAGGAGUACUCGACUACUCAGUGUGGAGAAGAAUGCACGCGGCGGCUUAUGGUGAGGUACACGCAAACCCCGAGGUUCUGAAGGCUUAUAUCCCGGGGGUUCAAAACAAAAUACCCAUCUAGCAUGCCCAGCGCAUGCAGAAAGGUUUUCAAGCAAGCAUCAUGAUAGUUUUUGAGACGGACGGAAGCGUAUUUGGACACUAAUCAUACUUGCUUUCUUGUUUCAUUUUCUUGCGUCAUAUGCCUCAUUUCCCAAACAUGGCAGGAGGAACUCGAAACCAUAGUUUUUAAUGCACUCAGUGUCGUGCAAACGGGCAAGUCUAGUCUGGAUUAGUCAUUUGGACCAGCCUUCCUUUUCUGGCAACUUGAUUUGGAAAGUCUUCUUUAGAAUUCCAAUCAGAUGCGAUCUCGAAGAUGUGUGCGCACAUUCAAAUAAGGCCCUUUUACGUCCCUCAAAAUAAAGUCUGCUGGUUCUCGUCGCCUUCGCCACUACUACUACUACUACUACUACUACUACUACUACUACUACUACUACUACUACUACUACUACUACUACUACUUUCAGCGUUUAAAUAUAAGUAAUCCCUGUCGUUUCAGGUGAUCGUGGACGGACUCGGUCGCCUGAUGCUAGUGCGCCAGCACAUUCCACUGCCAGAGAGGAAGAAGACCCUAAGUCACGUGGUUACGCGCUCAGCCAUCACCCGUGUUCGCCGAAAGAUUCGCGUGCCUGAGCUUCCCUCCAGUAAGUUCAUGGGUCCUGGGGCCUACGAGACGGGUUCCAUUUGCCGACCCAGCCAUGGUAUGGGUCUCAUGUCCAGUUGCAUGGGUGGUGGCGGUAGCAGUAUGGACGGCCCUAUGUGUUUUGACAAGGCAGGUGACUGUGUUGGUGGCGUUUUCGGGUACACGCAUUCGGCCGCCACCUGUAAGUUAGCCGCACCAAUGCGUUGCGCAUUCGCCUGUCCUUGUGGUGGUAAUCACAGUGGCGGAGGCACCUACGGUGGCAUAAAUGACUCCAUGGGUGACCUCUCGGCUUCCUUCCAUCCGCGCUCCGCCGGUGCAGCUACCUGCCCUCAACUCCACUCCAACUGCGACAUGUGUGGACACCCUACCAUGGGCCCCUUGGAGACACACCGUCCUCCACUGCAGCCGUCGGCCACCAUCGAAGGACCAUGCCGUGGUCCUGCGGUCGACUCCGAGGACUCACCCAUCAUGCUCAGCACCAGUACCAGUCUCGAACGCGAUGUGCGUGAGCUGAAACGCUAUGUUCGCAUGUUUGUGAAUAGGCAGAAGGAGAACACGAAGAAGAAUGCGAUAGCGAUGGAGUGGAGAACAAUGGCACUUGUGCUGGAUCGGCUAUUCUUCUUUAUCUACAUUGCCACCAUUGGGAUCACUGUUAUCACCUCCCUACCCAGCACUACUGAGCUCACCGUCGCAGACUAA